UCCAUUAUGGUGAAGGUCGUCUUUCUUCUGUUGAAAGGAUGAAAGAGUCCGAUGCUGUCACUGAAGUUGCUCAAGCGUCUUUUGAGUUUAUUGCGCGUAUUAACCGCAUGGCUACCCGCUACGAACGUCGUGUUCGAGACCUGGAACGUUCAGGGGCGUCGAAUGAGAGGAUUGAGCGCCUCGAGGCUCAAUUGGGGGAGGCAGUUCGGUCCAACCAGAGGCUUAGCGACCUUGUGGCCAAGCUCGAACAUCACCGGAGUGGGCUUAUCAAAGAACGGGAUUCUCUUUCGACGAAGCUUAAGGAGUCCGAAGCUUCCUGCAAUGGUCUGAAGCUAACCCUUAGCUCGGAGACGAGAAGGCUCAGGGAUCGGCGUGAUGAAUAUGGGCACCAUGAGCGAAUCAAUGCCUUUCACGAGGUGGCCGGUCGUGUGCAGAGGCUCCUAGCGAAGCACAAAAGCCACGCCGAAGCGGUUGAAGCGUCGCGGGAGAAAUUCCUCGAAUACAACCAAGCUGUUGGGAACGUUCAAAUGCUGGAGACGCUCGCCGCCGAGGGUCGAAUUUCCUUGCUUGAUGAGGAGCUUAAGGGCCAGGUCGUGACCGUGAUGAAUCAGCUGAAGGACGAGGUUGAAGAGUUUGAUCUGCCAGACAUCUCCGAGGCUGAUUUUGACUUGUCUCAGAUUUUCGCCGGGCCUCUCCCCCCAAUUCCGACUUGGAUCGCUUCCCCAAUCAGCGGGAAUACGGAGGGUCAUACUGAUGAGGGCGGGGAUGAAGGGUCGGAGAGUGGGGAGAUCGGGGGCGAAGAACUGGACGAGCAGGAGCAGGUUGACGACCGUCCUUCGGAUGGGGUUGAGGCGCAAGUCACCGACCAACCUUCUCAUGGAGUCGAGGAGCAGGUUCCGGACUGUUCUGCUGGUGGGUUACCUCGUCCUUCCACUCCUGGGCGCGAGUCUCCGGUUGCUGGUCUAGUCUCGUGAUCAGGGUUGUCGCCGUGUUGAGGGGUUGGCUCCCUCGUACUAUCUUUCUUUUGCCGUGUUUUGGGGUCGGCUCCCUCGUACUUUCUUUCUUUUGCCGUGUUUUGGGGUCGGCUCCCUCGUACUUUAUGCGCCGUGUAUAGGGGUCGGCUCCCUUGAAAACUUUAUUCGUCCUUUUGGAGGCAUUAAUUGAGGGUCUCAUUUAAUGCUUUAUUUUCGAAGCGUUGCUUAUUGGAUUUAUUGAUCUCAUUUAAUGCUCUUUCCGUUUGGAAACUUGUGCCCCUGUUCUAUAAAUA